UGUAAUCCACAGACCACACACUGUACAUUUCAAACGGAUAACUGUUUGAGGGCUCGAACUAACGGCCGGCAAUGGCUACUUCUCUCACUCUCAAGCUUACCACUGCCAGCACUCUCUCUCGCUUUCACAGUACCAAAUUCACAAAACCCAGAAAUCUUACAACCAAAAUCCGAUGCAUAGGAUGGGACCCAGAAGGAAUAUUGAGAGCACCCCAAACCGGGCACCUAGCAAAACUGGAAUUCAAGAGGCGCCUUGAGAAAGACGCUGAGGCAAAGGAAGCCUUCGAACGCCAUGUCCGAGAAGAAAAAGAGCGCCGACGAGCUCUUCGAGAGUCUCGGGUGAUACCGGAUACUGCGGCCGAGCUGGUGGAGUAUUUUCUUGAUACUGAAGCUCAGGAGAUUGAAUUUGAGAUUGCAAGAAUGAGGCCUCGAUUGAAUGAGGAAUUUUUCUCGCACCUGAAAGGUGAACUUGGGAAACUGAGGUUUGCCGUGUCAAAGACUCAGGAAAUGGAAGACAGAUUGAUAGAAUUGGAAGCACUCCAAAAGGCUUUGCAGGAAGGAACAGAAGCCUAUGAUAAAAUGCAAGAUGAACUCGUAAAUGCGAGGAAGAACUUAAUGAAAAUUUUGACAUCGGAUAAUGUCAAGACUACCCUAUUGGAAAUGGUUGAGCAGAAUGAGUUGAAUAGAUCCUUGUUGACACUUCUUGAUGAAAAUAUUGCGAAUGCAUAUCAUGCUAACCAGAAACAAGCCGCAGAAUAUAUGGAAAAGCUUCGUGGAGCUAUGCUAAAGUACAUAACUGUUUGACGCAUGUAAAAAUAUAACGUCCACUUGGUAAAUGUUACUUACAUUUUCAUCCUUGUGCCUUGUUAUUGAUAUUAUGAUUUUCAUUUUGAGGAGUUACUGGAUUUCUUAAUUGUCAUAGCAGAAAAGUUUUGGUUGUAUCGCAAAUAACAGGAAUAUAACAGUUUCAUAAUUUUCCUUCUAUA